AUGUCGGUCAUUAAAUACAUCCAAGGUGAUUUGUUCACUCAUUCAAUUCCUUCUGGUAAAAAGAUAAUCCUUGCUCAUGCUUGUAAUACUCAAGGAUCUUGGGGUGGUGGAAUUGCAGCAAUUUUCAGAAAAAAGUUCCCUCAAGCAAAUAAAGAAUAUAGUCAGUAUUGUCAUGAAAAUAACAAUUUAUUGGGUAAAUCAUUGCUUAUUGAAUCGGAUAAUCCAUCAAUUUUAAUUGCUUGUUUAUUCACAAGUGACUUUAACCAAUCUGCAGCACAAAUUGUUCAUCAUACUGAACAAGCUAUAAAUGAUUUAGAUAAAAUCUUAAAAUCAUACGAGGAUUUAGAAACUAUAGAUGGUAAAAUCGUCAUUAAUAUGCCAAAGAUAAAUGCUGGUAUCUUUGGUGUUCCAUGGGAAAACACCGAAGCUGUGAUAAAGAAAAUCAAUGAUUUAUAUUUCAAUGUAUACGUUAUAUAA